AUGCCACCUCGAAAGAAGACCAAGCGCGCACAUUCCACUACACCUCCCGAGGAUACGGCAGCGCAAUCUAGCGCGGACACCCCCGGAUCAACCGACAGCGCUGAAAAGCCCGAGCCCGAAUAUGAUUUGAUUGGCGAUCCUUGGACAGACGAGCAAGAGACGGCACUGUUGAAAGCGAUAAUUAAAUGGAAACCCGUCGGCGUUCACAAGCAUUUCCGUAUGCUCGCGAUUGCAGACUACCUGAAGAGUCAAGGAUAUGCGCCCUCAUCAGCAGAGCAUAUGCGCAUUCCCGGGAUAUGGAAGAAGCUAGGGAGCCUAUACAACUUGGAGGCUUUGGAUGAACGGGAGGAUGCGGUAUUUGCAGAUACGAACGAGGAUGACGAAGAGCCAAGUGAGAUGUACUGGCCAUUUGAGCUUCCCUACGACGAAUAUGGGGACCUCAUGUUUGAGAGACGGCUGGCGACAGAAGGCUCUUUGUCGCCUGUAACAAGUCGCCAUGCGGAGUCUCGACGAGGAAGCACAGUGGCAGAUACUGAUGAGCCCCGCUCAUCCCCCGCUCCAUCUCGAGGUCGCAAAUACAAUCGUGGCACUCGCCAGCCCGCACGCGAAACUCGCUCGACACGACUCCAAGUUGAAAUUGGCUCUAGUAGCCAAGGCAAGGCGUCUGACGAGGACGCCGACUCUGGGGAAGAUUCCGACGUCAAUGAUGAAGGUGAUGAAGAAGAAGGCGAGGAGGGUAGUGAUGGUGGCAAAGACAGCGAGGACGAGGAGGAAGAGAGCAGUGACAAGGGAGGGUCAAGGAGCACGAGGGCAAAAGCAUCACGGUCCAAGCAGAAGGACACCAAAAAGGCUUCAACGAGCACUAUGACCCGCCGAACUGCUCGCCGACGUUGA